CCUAUCCAUCCAUUAGGCCACGGGGGCCUUGCCUAUCCUCCCUCCCUCCCUUUGCUUCAACCCCACUUUACUGUUGCCUCUCCUCUCCUUUCUUCACAAUGCUCUUUCCCGGGCUCUUUGCUCUUGCACAGUACGAGUACUCUGUACUCUCUCUCUCUUGCUUUGUUGAGCUUGCCUCGCCUAGCUCCACUUUAAUUUGCUGUUAACCUCUAGCUUAAGUCUCAAGCAUCGUUGGGAGCUGCAUGCUCUGCCUGCUGUUUGAGAUAACCGUCGCUUUUAUAUCGCGCCUCUCGCCAUCAUAUAUUGUUGCCAUCACCAGCCGCUACCGCGCCCGCGCCUGCCUGCCUGCCUGUAGCCCUCAACCGCAUCAGGCCACAGCCCCUCACUCGCUCACUCACUCAAGGAUCCAUCCACGCGCUGCCAAGUGUGGUCGUACGAUGGGACGCGAGGGGGCGGCGUGCUCGUCCAAGCCGAAGCUGAGGAGGGGGCUCUGGUCGCCGGAGGAGGACGAGAAGCUCUACAACCACAUCAUCCGCUACGGCGUCGGCUGCUGGAGCUCCGUCCCCAAGCUCGCCGGGUUGGAGAGAUGUGGCAAGAGCUGCCGGCUGAGAUGGAUCAACUACCUGAGGCCUGACCUCAAGAGGGGCAGCUUCUCUCAGGAUGAGGAGGACCUCAUCGUCAGCCUACACAAGAUCCUCGGCAACAGGUGGUCCCAGAUAGCGUCACAGCUGCCCGGCCGGACGGACAACGAGAUCAAGAACUUCUGGAACUCGUGCAUCAAGAAGAAGCUCCGGCAGCUGGGCAUCGACCCGGCCACCCACAAGCCGCUCAACGACGUCGACGACCCCGCCACCACCACACUCGCCGACUCCUGCAACAAGCAGCAGCAGCUAAUUCCCGAUCAGGACGACGACGGAUCACCCUGCUUCAACGGCAGCGACGUCGACCUCCUCCUCGCAGCGGCGCCGCACUCCCCGGUCUGCAGUUUCGACCCGCUCUCGGUCACCAACGUCCCAGCCACAAUGCAUUCCUCCGGCUUCCGCUCCGACGGCAGCCUCUGCGAGUACGGCAACAGUGCCUACACGACCGGCGGGGACAGCUCGAGCAACAGCAACAGUGCCUGGAGCAAUGUGGUGGAGCCGCUGCCGCACAUGGACAUUUUCAUCCGGGACUCGGAGCCGUAUAACCACCCGUUCGACCCGGCCAAGUUCAUCAGCUCCUGGAACCACCAGCAGCCCCAUCAGCAGCAGCACCCGGCGGACCAAGACGUUGGCGGCGGCUCCGCGAGCUUCCCGAUCCGGUCGUUGUCCCGGGACGUCCUGCCCGAGUCGUGCUUCCAGCUCGCCCGCGGCGCCCUGGAGGACGAGUUCGACUUCCUCUGACUUUCACUCCACCUCAUCACAAGAUCGAUCAGCGUCAGGAACAUGUCAUUGUGUGGCUUGAUCGAUCACAGGUUCACACUACACGUAUACGAUAUUUUUUCCUCCCCUCCGACUCCUUACGUACGUACGUAUAUUGAUUAAGAUGUUUAAUUAACACAACGGUACAGUGUGAUCAUAUCAAUAAGGGUUAAUAUGCAUGUAUACGUUCCUCAAUUCAUGGGGACCAUGUUUUGUAUGGAAAUUAAGAUUUUAGACUUUUCUUUCA